AUGGAAAUGAAAAUGAAACAGCACAAAUUCUCGGCGAUGUAUUUGGCCCAAUCGGAGAAAAACCGAAGCAGUUUCAAAGAUGUUAAAACUGGUAAACCGUUGAGUAAUUGGCUAUGUGCAAAUGUCCAAUGUGAGCUACAGCUUAUGGAUCGUUUCACGGGUAUAGCAUCUUGCGCUGAAUUAGUUGAUCCACUUCGUCGAUCCUUAGUACCAUCAUUUUUGCAUAAUUGGCCAGCAUUUGUAACAUUUCCACCACCAGUUGUAAAUGUAUCUUCACAACAACAGCCUGUACCAGAUACAUUUGUAAGACCUUGUUCUCGAGUAUCGGAAUCUACAAGUGGAUGUGAAGCAUCAGCAAGUGAUGAACAUGUUUCAUCAGAAUUAAUUGCUGAUGAAGUUGAUGAUUUGACUGGAAAAGAUGUAAAGCUACAUUCACAGCAGCAAGAACCGAUGCAACAAGAUGAAACUGCAGUAAUUGAUGAAGGAGUUGUCAAAUUUGAUUCUGUACCAUACCAUGAAAACGGUGAAUUGAGUGCGAAGCCGAUAACUCAAACGUUAAAAAAUAAUGGAAAAAGACGAGUACAAUGUAUGAAAUGUUUCAAAACAUUUUGUGAUAAAGGAGCGUUGAAGAUUCAUAAUAGUGCGGUACAUCUUAAAGAAAUGCAUAAGUGUACAGUAGAAGGAUGUGAAAUGAUGUUUUCAUCAAGGCGUAGCAGGAAUCGGCAUUCAGCUAAUCCAAAUCCAAAAUUGCAUACUUCUGCUGCUCACAGGCAGCUUGAUUCAUUUAAUGGUGAUAAUUCACGUGAUAGUUCUGUACCGAGAAUGGAUAAUUUAUUGUAUUUUGCUGGUUCAUCAGAGGCAAGCAUAAACGCUCAGUCACCACUGUCACAAAGUAAUAGUGAUAAUUCUGUUACAUCACGUCCAAAAUUAAGUCCUGAAAAGAAUACUCAGUUUGGAACUCGUAAGCGUAAAUGUGAUAGGCCCGUCAAGUUAGCAGUUACUGAAGAAAUAACACAAGCAAAACGUGAAGUAGAUGCGUGUACAGUAAAGGCUCCAGUACCGAUAUUAGAAUACGGUGAAACAUCAUCCUCUCUUUUGCCAUUGGAUCUUACAAAUGGGAAAUCAAGUUCGAAGCAAAUUCCAAGCACUGUUAUGAAUGAGCCCACUAGUACACCUUUAGCGAUAUUUACACCGGCAGCAGCAGCAGCAGCGGCGGCAGUAGCUGCUUCGAAUGCAGCGGUAUUAACACCAAUUACAGAAAUGGUAAGAAUUAUUCAGCAAGCGCAAAUGUUCAAUUCACAGCGAUACAAUAAUAACAAUGCAAAUAGCAGCGGUAUGCAACGUGGCUUCAGUUUACUACAGCUUAUGCACGAACAAACUAAUGCUAGCAAAUGA